CAACGGUUUCACAGGCUGUGUAUUUGUGUUUGGAUCCAACUGCUUUCAUUGCUUUUUGGCAAGUUUCCCUAGGGCGCUCGCGUUACGUAAAAUAACAACCGCACGGCGUGCAACACAUACAGGAUAAAAAUAGAUUUCCACAAUCUCUGUGCUUUGAAGAUAUCUCGGGCGUGUUGAUGGACUGGCUGCAGCUGGAUGCAUUCUUUCGGGAAUUUAGUGUUGUGAAGUGAUCUAAAUAACUAAGUGAAAUGGCUCACCAAGUCGAGCCAAUGGAUAUAGACAAUAUAGGCGACUUUGACAACAAAGAGAAUACUUUUCAACAUACCAAUGUAUUACCAAGAACCCCAUGUACGGAGAAAGGCUAUGAGGAGCUGGAUGUGUCGGAACUCAACAUGAAACUGAGGUACUCUAUCACCCCGGCCUCUUCCCCAAUGUCCAAGAGCUAUACUGCACACUGCCUUGAGAAUAGAAAUUCUGAAUUUUCUGAUAACAAUACAAGUUCAAUUGAAAAUGCCAACUUGACCCGAUCAUUCAAUUCAAUGUUAACUAAAAAUGAUAACAUAUCUAAAUCUUCAAAGCUCCAACCUCUACAGUUACAUACAGCUGAUUCAUCCUUGGAUAAUAAUAGAAAUUUGUCUGUGUUAAGGCCACUGGACACUACUAUCACAGAGGAUGGCAAUAACAUUACAGUUACCAUUACGGAUGUCCAAGAAAUAGAUGAAAACUUAUCUUUACCAAGCACUUCAUCUUCGGCUUUACACACACCAGAAGCAACAACACCGACUAAAGAAAUUCCUAAGAAUGAUGGAGGCUCACCUAUUAUGAGAGGACUUAAAAGUGUUUUAAAUAUGUUUCGGGCUUCACAGAGCCCUAUUCCAGCUGAGGAAACACAGGAUAGCAUUGUUAAACAUGACAUCAGCCCUGUUGAUGUCACCUUAGAAUCUAUACCGUCAGAUUUACCUCAAGUGGCAGUAGCAUCUACACCAAUUUCUGCAAGAAAUAAAAGAGAGUCAUCAACGAAAAGAGGAAGCCCCCUGAAAGAUAGCAUUGUCUUUAAUGAAGACCUGGAAAAAGAGUUGCUAUGGAAAGAUGAAACGACAAUAUUGUUCAGUGAAGAGAAGAUUCCUAUACACAAAUUAUUCUUCCAACAGUCAAACAAUAUACCAUCACAAACAAAAGGCAAAGCUGAGACAGCUAUUGCAGAAAAUAGUUUAAAUGAUACUGUGGAGUUUAUGGAUGUGUCUUACAACAAUUCUGUGAUUGAAAACAAAACUAUUACAGAGUUGAACGACCCUCUAGCAGUUGCUGAAUCAGAUGGUGAAUUUGUUGAUUGUGAAACAACUUUUACACAACACUCUGAUGAUGAACAUUUUACCCAACCUAAUAAUGAUAAAUCAGCUAUGAUUAAAACUGAUGUUUCUAGACAAAGUCAAACCCACGACACUACUACAGAAUUACAAAAAACAACAAAUGAAGAUUGUAAUAAAAAUUCUUUGGAUACAACCAUUUCUAAGGAAACACCUGCGGAAUCUACCCAAGACUUUAUAAAGAUGUUAGAACAAAGUAGACAAGAAGAUAAUAAUGUUAAUGCAGAUCCAAUGUCUUUAUCAUUUAUGCAUGGUAUCAGACAAAAACCUGAAGCUACAGUAGGUGAAGAAACUCUAGAAGUUACCAUUCCCAUAAAAACUGAGGAAAAUAAGGUAUCUCCAUCUUUAAUGAAUUCUAUUCAGGAUAUCAAACAAGAAGGCACAAAUGAAAUUUCACAAAUUAUGGAUACAACUGUUACAACUGAUCAUGCUGACAAAUCUGUAUUAUCAUCAACUGGUACCCAGAGUGUUGAAAGAACCCUACAUGUAGAAAAUAAGAAGCACCAAGAUGAAAUUGUAAGUACUGAAUUAAUAAAUAAGCCUAUGUCAGUAUCUUGUUUUAUAAUGAAUAGAACUCAGAAUAUUGCAAAUUUUGCUUCUGAUGAUGUAAAUGAAUCUUCAAAUCAUAAUAUUGAGACAACAAAUGUAUAUGAACAAAUAGAUACCACUGUAACAUUAAAGUCUGAAGAUAAUCUCUUAAAUGUAACUACUUCAGUCUUAUCAAAUGACACCCAAGUAUCACCAUCUACAUUUAUAAUAAACACCACUCAGCAAGGUGAACAGUUUCCCAUUGACAAAAAUACUACUGUGACUCUAGACUCGGACGAAACAUCUGUACCAUCUACAUUUUCUAAAGAUAUAACUCUAGAUAUUGUAUCCCAUAAUAUGCAGACAUCUUUGAAUGCUGCUAUACCACUUAAUACUGAAAAUAAACCCGUAUCAUCAAUUUUAAUUGAUAAUGUUAGUCAAGAUGUAGAAAAAGAAUCUUUAGAUAUAAAUACAAAUAAAUCAAUAGCAGCCAGAACUGAAGAAAUUUCACAACAAGUUAACGACAAUCUUUCAAAUUUAACAUCUUUAAAAGUUGAAGAAGUUGUUACUUCUUGUGUAAAGGAAAGUAUGUUGCCAAAAAACUCUGAACAAACUAUAAAAUCUGGAUCACUAUCAGAAUACAAUGACUCAAAAACCAACUACACCUUGGUAACUGAAACUCCCUCAUCUAGUGAUAAAUUAAAACCCUCAGAUGUUGUAUUGGUAGAUAAAACACAUGUAGCAGAAAUAUCAGCUAUGUCAAUUCGAGAUGAUUUGCAAGAAAAUAUGAACAUUCAAUCUGAAUCCGACACUGUAGAUUUUGGUAUAUCAAAAGAGGAAUGUAACGCGAAUUUGUCCUUAGCUGAUAGUGCAUUAAAAGAAUUAGCUAACAAUGAAGAGGAACAAAUAGUGAAUCAUCAAGUGAAAUCCGUACACACUAGCUCUGAAUAUAAAGGCAUUGAAAUACAGUCUAUAAAUUUGGAUUUACUUGAACAUUCAGGUGACGACUCCAGUCUUUUAAGAAGUAAAUCUCAAGGAAAUGUUACAAAUGAAUCGGAACCAACUAAUUAUAUAGGAUGUGGAGAAAGUUUACCUUCUGAUAUUCCAUUACCUGAUGAAGAUGACAUAGGCCUUGAAAUUAUGCCAAUUGAUAAAAUUGACCAGAUUGAAAACAAUGCAAUUAAUCCAAGCACCCUCCAUAAUGUUAUUAACGAUUUAGAUAGUAUGAACGAUCAAGACGUAGAACAAAUUGAUCAAGUGCCAAUAAAUACAACUGAUCACAUUGGCGCGUCAACUGAUAAUAUUAAUGAUACUUUAAAUAUAAAAGUUGGAGACCAAGAUAAUAGAACUAUUGAGAAAGAUUAUCAUAAAAAUUGUACGCAAACAGAUAAGAAUAAUCUAAUAGAUUCACAUACAUGUGUUUAUAAGAAUGAUGAUAAUAAAAGUGAAGGUAAUACUAAAUCAUCAUCAUUAGUAUUAGAUCAGCCGGAAGCAAUGGAUAUAAGCUUCAAUACUCAGGAUAUUUUUGAACACAAAGACAAUGUACCUGUAGCUAGUGCCACAAGUCAGAUAAAAGAUUCAGAUUCUAACAUGGGAACAUCUACGGAUAUUGAUGAGGUGAACAAGGCAAUACUGCAACCGACUUCAGUUGACAUGUGUGUACAAAAUCAUAAAAUCUCUAAAAGUAACAUGGAAAUUGACGUUCCGCUAGAAACUGUGGAUGCAAAAAAUAUUACUGAGACUGUUCCUAAAUAUGAAAAUGAUAACUUGAAUGGUACUGAUGAAAAGAAAAAAGAAAUAAUAUGUGAAGAAGAAAUAGUUUCUGAAAAUAAUAGCCCCUAUGUAUUGGUGUCUGUUGAUAAUGAUGCCGAUAACAAAAAUGACAGUACGUUUGAGGAAGACUUUGAAAAAAUUGAAAUACCCUUUUCGUCUAAAUCAAAAAUUUCUUCUUCACCACCGAUUUCUCCUCCGAUUGCAUCGAAAGGGUACAACUUUAAUUUUGAUGAAAUAGAUGAUCCAUUUGCAACAAAGACUAAAAUCAGAUUGUCGCCACCUUCUGAUUCUCCAAAGCAAAUAAACAAAGAAGAAUUACCAAAGAAGGAAAUAGUAAAUAAAAAUAAACGAAAAUCGUAUCCAGUAAGGCCGAAAUCCGCAAUAACAAAAAAGAACUUUAAUAAUACUUUUGAUGGUUCUGUAUCUACAGAAAAUUCAACAAUAAAGGAUAAAUCCGACUUAGCUCAUAGAGAUCAAUACUCGGAUGGUAAACUAAACACUUCUCAAAAUUGGGAAGAAAAAUCUAAAAUUACUUCUAUAAAUACUGACAUUAAUGUUAUUGAAAAGUCUGAAUCUGAAAAUAACGUAGAUAAUACAUUAAAAGUUAAUGUAUGUGUAGAAACUCAAAUUGAAGAAAGAAAUGUUGAAAACAAAUCGCCAAUUGCAUCAACAACUCCUUCGUCUUCUGACCAAUCGGUUUAUUUAUCGGCAGCAACAUCGUCAGGUGAUAGCACUUCAGCCAGAAAUGUGUUCAAUCUGCCAGAAAUCGAUGACAUGAACUUGAAUCCUUUUGUGACUAAAUCGAAAAUAAGUUUAUCACCUCCACCUACCUCAGAAAGUGGUGAUGCUCCUAUAAUCCCGUCUGAAAUAGAUUCUCAAAAUGAACCUGAGAAAACAAAUACAAGUGAGGUUGUAGACACAGCAAAUAAUUUUUCAAUCCAGGGCAAAAUAGGUUAUGAUGAAAAAGAUUCUUUCAAUACUAGUAAUACAUCUUGCUCUUCUAAAGACGAUAAAAACUCAACAGUUCGAGAAGUCAACACAGAUAAUGAAGAUACUAUAGAAGGUCCAUUCUUAGAAGUUGAAGACAAUGAAAUGACAGGAUUGGAUAUUCAAACUGUUCUUAAAAAUAAUGAACUGGCACGAUUUAAUCUUCAGAACGAUAUGAUGGAAUUUCCAGAUGUGCCACAUCAAGAUAAUGAAGACAAUGAGUUAUUUAUAGAUGCAGCAACAUAUGAAUUUCUGCUCAAUCAGAACAAGAGUAAUGUCGUAGUUGACAGUGGCAAAGAAAGUUUGUUUUUGAAGUUUGAUCCCUUAUUUGCUAAGAGGUUGUCUUCAGAGGGAAUCGCUGCUGCGUUAAGCAAGAUACACAAAAGGCAGAGUACGCCUAAGAGAAUGUCAAAGCCGCCACAAUUAGCCAAUACAGAACGAGCUAUUAAUGUUGGUCCCUCUACAUCCAAUAUUUCUCCACACGAAACAACAGAAGACAUUGCUGAAGAGUUAAACGUCACCACAUCUAAACCAAUGAUGGUGGUCACGCCCGCCGUGAACCCGAUUGUCAAAACCCGAAAAUCAACGACUCCUGUAAGCUCUAACCGUCGUUCGAUCACAUUCACAUCUCCUGCCAUUGCUGUUAUUGAUAGACUGCUUUCUUUAAGUGCCAACAAUUCUUUAGUUGAUCAAAAUACGACAAUAACACAUGUGAGUACUGAACAAGAAGAAGCGCAAUCGGCUUUAAGUCAGUUAAGAGAGCUAUUGGCUGAAAAAGAAAUUAAUGUGUACAGUUUAAGAUCUGAGAGUAAAGAGUUAAAAGAUAGACUUAUGACACUUGAAUCACAAAUGAAAGUUUUGGAAAAAGAGAGUGAGGAGAGACUCAAAAGAGUAAUUGAUCUUAAUGAGAAGUUGGCUGAAAAAACACAAAUCAAUAAGAGCAUGGCGGCUGUAGUUGAGGAAUAUGAGAGAACGAUUGCGAGCCUUAUAACUGAAACGGAGCAAGACAGAAAGCGUCAUAGUGAGGAGCGCGAGAGGCUGAUAAAAGAGAGAGAUGAACAGACGGCUCAUCUAGCAAGCAUGGAGGUAUCAUUCAGCGACCUGCACAGUAAAUACGAGAAGAGUAAACAAAUCAUUUUGAGUUGCAAAGCCAAUGAGGAUACAUACAAAAAAUCUAUUAAAGAUUUUGAAGAGAAUUUAACAAAAAUGCAAAAUAACUACGAGUUGUUGAAACAACACGCGACCUCCAAGCUCAAUCAUGCAAACCAAGAGUUGGAAAAGAUGAACAAAGCCCACGAGUCAGAGGUACUGAAACUUCAUGCCAUGCUGAAAAGAAAAGAGUUGCAUAUUACGUCGUUAGAGGAGACCUUAGCCCAAAAAACGAAAGCCAACGAGGAACUCACCGCGAUAUGCGAUGAACUCAUCAACAAAGUCGGUUGAUCUAAUUUUAAGAUUAUCUAAACACCUUUGUUUUAUAGUCACUGUGAUCUUCACGGGAUCGAUAAUCUCGUAAAAUAUAGCGACGAUUGUUUAAGAAAACUACGGCUCAUUUCUAAAUCUCAUGGCAUGUUUGAGUGUGUCAACCAUUUCUUUAAUAUUUCGCUUAUGCUUAUGCACACUUAUCUAGCGAUAAGUUGCAUUGAAGCGACUAGUCUCCGUAAGCGUGCCAAACCACUAGUGCCUAAAAAAGGUGAUUCCUGCCUCACUUCAAGACUGCUAUUUGUGAUAUGAAAUCCGAAUUUUAGUAGUCAUGUAUUUACUUACUAAAGAUGCCAUCAAAUAUUUUUUUUUUUUGGAAAUCCUUAUUUUCACAUUAGUAAUUAUGCUGGCCAUAAUCUCAAUGUGUUUUUAAACUAUAAAUAAAAGUAACUUUUUUAUCAAUAUUUCUCAACGAUGUAACUGUGACUAAAAGUAAUUGAGAUAUUUAUUUUGUAGGGCACAUUUGAGUUUUAAAUAUUUUUUGGAUCAUGUUAUAUUGUUAAGUGAAAUAUUUUUGUAGAUAUGUUCAAUGAUGAUGAUUUCCUGUGCAUGUUGAUUAGAAAUUAGUCAUAUAUAACACAAAUGUUUAUAUUUCAAAAGUUUGACAAGUGUAGUACACAUAUACCUGUUUAUGCUUAUCUACUAAUUCAGCCAUAUGCAUUCAAUACGCCUUUUAAAUUAUUCUAACACAUUAUACUACCUAAAAUAGGUGUUGAUUACAUGAAACUAUAUUAGAUGGUAAGUUUGACAUUGUAAAUUUCAAUAGAUCUCCUGAGCAGAUAUCUUUUGUUAGGAGGUAAAUUAAUCUGCCAACAAAUUCUACAUAAAUAUAGUGAGAAGCUCGACCUUUUUAUGUUAAUUACAUACAACUUAGAAUGAAGUAAAUAUUAAGCUACUAAAUUGAAUAGAACGAAAAAUAUGACGGAUUUUUACUGUAGAAAAUAAUUGCAUGUGGAAUACUUAAUGUGUAGUUUUGGAAUAUCAUUAGGUUAUCUUUAAGUUGAUGUGUUAAAUUAUACCUAGGCUGAUUUUUCAAACGUUAUAUUAAUGUGCGGUUCGACGCCAAACGUAACAGUUAUCAAGUAAAUUAAUACGUCAAAAAAUAUUGAAUUGAAAUUUGUAUGUAAAGUUAUUACUGGAAAAAGUAACUUUGAAAUGUAACCUUUUUAGAAACGAAAAUGAGGAUCUUUUUUAACAUUCAUUUUUAUAACCAGGAAAAGAUUUUAUAAUAUUAGCUGGCGAUCUAAAAAUCACUUUUAAGUUUCGCAAGUGAAAUUUUAUUGUAACAUUAUCCCACGUUAUCGCCACCUGUCUGUGAAGACGAUGAGGUAAUAAGGAGGUAAUGAGAUCUCCAUAGAAUGGGUUAUUAAGAUUUGGAGAUAAACUUUCACGUUGUCAAAAAUGUAACGCGGUAGAUAAGAAUAAAGAUUUAUAACAAUUGUUAGCAGUUGCAUCACGAUUGUACACAAAUUUAGUUAAUAAA